GAGAGGGGAGAGAGAGGAGGAAGCGCGUGCGAUGUGCGCGCGCCGAGCGCUCGCACCCGCCCAGUGCAGCGGCUGGCUCCCGCACGCGCCCUAACGAGAGAGGGAGGGGAGAAAGACACACACACACACACACGCACACACACAGUCGCGGCGAGAACUGCCCCGCGGGCCAAGCAGGGCCCCCUCAGACGGCGACGGAAUCCCCGGCGAGCUGAGGCGACAACAACAACAAAAACCAAGCAAACAAUAACAACGGCGGCAACACGACGGCGAUGGCGGCGGCGUUGAAGCGGGAAGCGGCUCCCCGUCCUCGCUCCUCCUCCGGGUCCCCCUCGGUCCCUGCGGCCGAGAGCCGGUCGGUAGCGGCGGCCCCCUGGCUCGGAGUCACGCUGCGGCUGCUGGUGGCGUUGCUCCUGAACGCGGCCCGGGCCGAGAAAGAAGCUUUCAUCCAGUCAGAUAGCAUAAUAGAAGUUCUACGCUUUGAUGAAGGAGGCUUAUUACAGACUGAGACAACGAUUGGCCUCAGUUCAUAUCAGCAGAAAAGUAUAUCUAUGUAUCGAGGGAAUUGCAGACCGAUUCGGUUUGAACCACCAAUGCUGGAUUUCCAUGAGCAGCCAGUUGGGAUGCCAAAAAUGGAAAAGGUUUACUUGCACAAUCCAAGUGCAGAAGAAACUAUUAUAUUAGUAUCAAUAUCUGCAACAACCUCACAUUUUCAUGCAUCGUUUUUUCAAAACAGGAAAAUCGUUCCAGGGGGGAACACAUCAUUUGAUGUGGUUUUUCUUGCAAGAAUGGUGGGGAACGUAGAAAAUACUUUAUUUAUUAAUACAUCUAAUCAUGGGGUAUUUACUUACCAGGUAUUUGGUGUAGGAGUACCAAACCCUUACAGACUUCGCCCUUUUAUAGGAGCAAAAGUUCCAGUAAACAGCAGUUUUUCUCCUAUUAUAAAUAUACACAACCCCCAUAGUGAGCCUUUGCAGGUGGUAGAAAUGUAUUCAAGUGGAGGUGAUCUCCACCUAGAGCUUCCAACUGGUCAGCAAGGGGGUACAAGAAAAUUAUGGGAAAUUCCCCCCUAUGAAACUAAAGGAGUUAUGAGAGCCAGUUUCUCUUCAAGGGAAGCAGAUAAUUACACAGCCUUCAUUCGAAUAAAAACAAAUGCCUCAGACAGCACAGAGUUUAUUAUUCUGCCAGUAGAAGUAGAAGUCACAACAGCCCCAGGAAUUUAUUCAUCGACAGAAAUGCUAGAUUUUGGUACUUUAAGAACCCAAGAUCUGCCCAAAAUCUUAAAUCUACACUUGUUAAAUUCAGGAACAAAGGAUGUACCAAUAACAAGUGUUAGACCCACACCACAGAAUGAAGCUAUCACAGUACAUUUCAAGCCAAUUACACUUCGAGCUUCUGAAAGUAAAUAUACCAAAGUUGCAAGUAUUAGCUUUGACGCAUCGAAAGCAAAACGACCAGCACAGUUUUCAGGAAAAAUAACAGUUAAAGCAAAAGAGAAGAGUUACUCAAAACUUGAAAUUCCAUAUCAAGCAGAAGUGUUAGAUGGGUACUUAGGAUUUGAUCAUGCAGCCACAUUGUUUCAUAUUCGUGACAGUCCGGCAGACUCUGUGGAAAGACCAAUCUACUUAACAAACACAUUCAAUUUUGCAGUCCUCAUUCAUGAUAUAAUGCUACCAGAUGAAAUCAAAGGAAUAUUUAAAGUACACAACUUCAGCAAACCAGUUUUAAUUCCACCAAAUGAAUCCAGAUAUAUUUUCACACUUUAUUUUGUGGCUUCCUUGUCAUCUCUUCACAUUGAUAACAAUAUUUUGCUCAUUACAAAUGCUUCUAAAUUUCAUCUACCUGUAAGAGCAUACACUGGAUUUUUAGAUUAUUUUGUAUUGCCCCCAAGACCUGAAGAACAGAUAAUAGAUUUUGGUAUAUUGAGUGCCACAGAAACAAGUAGUAUUCUGCUUGCAAUCAUGAACAGCAAUCCAAUUCAGUUGGCUAUAAAAAGCUGGCAUGUGAUAGGUGAUGGUUUGACCAUGGAACUCCUUGCUGCUGAAAAAGGCAACAGAACUACAAUAAUUGCAAGUCUUCCAGACUUGGAAAAGGCCAAUGCAUUGGAUCAAACUUCAGUAACAUUGAUGCCUGGUUCAUACACUGUAUUCAGAGUAAGAUUAUUACCAAAAGAACUUGAAGGGAUUCAUGAUGGGGCUAUACAAAUCACAAGUGAUUAUGAGAUUUUAACCAUUCCUGUGAAGGCUGUAAUUGCUGUAGGCUCAUUGAUGUGCUCCCCAAAACACAUUCUUCUUCCACCUUCUUUUCCAGGUAAGACUGUUCAUCAGAGUUUGAGUAUCAUGAGCUCUUUCUCACAGAAGGUAAAAAUACAACAGAUCCGUUCACUAUCAGAAGAUGUUCGGUUUUAUUACAAGAGAUUACGCAGUAACAAAGAAGAUCUGGAGCCAGGGAAAAAAUCCAAGAUAGCAAAUGUUUACUUUGACCCUGGUUUACAAUGUGGGAAUCACUGUUAUGUGGGGUUGCCUUUUCUGAGUAAAGCUGAAUCAAAAUUACAACACAGUACAUCUAUGCAAGAAGAUGCAUGGGAUUCAGAUUGGGAUUUGCAUGAUAAUCUGUUCAGAGAAUGGAUUGGAAUAAGAGAUCACUCAGGCAAUCAAUUAAGUGCUGUAUUUGAAGUGGACACAGAUCUCCAGAAGGCUGUGACUUCCAAAAUCACAGCAGAAUUGGCAUGGCCGUCUCUACUUGGCUCACUACGCCAUUUGGAUUUUUCACUUACCAACACAAACAGUUCAUCUGAGGAAGAAAUUCUUCUAGAAAAUCCAGCAGAUGUUCCUGUUUUUGUUCAGCUUCUUCCCAUAGCACUAUAUUCCAAUCCAUCAGUCUUCAUAGAUAAGCUAAUGGACCGGUUUAACUUGACUAAGCCUGCAAACUUCAAUUUGAAGACGCUAGAAUUUCAAGUCUCUCGAAACUGUGGUCAUGCGUUGCAAAGCGCCACAGGAUUUACGGAGGGCUUGUCUCGGCAGUCAGUUUUAAACAUAAUUUUAAAGCCUGGGGAAAGAAAAUCUGUCAAAGUGAAGUUUACUCCAGUUCUUAAUAAAACAGUUUCAUCGCUAAUCAUUAUCAGAAAUAAUUUGACUGUAAUAGAAGCUAUAAUGGUUAAAGGACAAGGAACAACGGAGAGCAUGAGGAUUGCAGGCAAGCCACCUGGACCGGGCAGUUCUUUACGCUUUAAAAUCACGGAAGCAUUAUUAAAAGACUGCACUGAAAAAUCAAAAUUAAAGGAACCAAACUUCACAUUGAAAAGAACGUUCAAGGUGGAGAAUACAGGGCAGCUUCAAGUUAAUAUAAAAUCCAUAGAAAUCAGUGGAUAUUCAUGUGAAGGAUAUGGAUUUAAAGUAGUUAACUGUAAAGAAUUUGCACUAAGUUCCAAUGCCUCUAAAGAGAUUGUCGUAUUGUUUACACCAGAUUUCACAACUUCCAGAGUCAUCCGUGAACUGAAACUAACCACAACAGGAGGUUCUGAGUUUAUGUUCAUAUUAAAUGCAUCCCUUCCCUAUCAUAUGUUAGCAACUUGUGCAGAAGCUCUGCCCAGGCCCAAUUGGGAGCUGGCACUGUACGUAUUAGUCUCAGGAAUAAUGAGUGUGCUCUUCCUUUUGGUAAUUGGAACAGCCUAUUUAGAAGCUCAAGGAAUUUGGGAGCCAUUCAGACGACGCUUGUCCUUUGAGGCAUCCAAUCCUCCCUUUGAUAUGGGAAGACCAUUUGAUCUCAGGAGAAUAGUUGGAAUUUCAUCUGAUGGAAACUUGAAUGCACUUGGAUCAGAUUCGAACCACAGCUCUUCCAGAGGAAUCUAUGGACCAGGAAGUUCCUCAUCACGAUCCAACGCAGGAAGUAAUAAGCAAUGCAAUUCAUCCGUACACCUGCACAGCAAUAGAAAUUCAGUCGAAGUUGAAAACAUGAAGUAUAAAAACAGUUCAAAUGUUGCUAGUAGGACUUCUAUGCAGGCAGGUUCUGCACAGUCAACAAAUAGAGCAGGUUCCCUCUUCCUGGACUCCAGUUCUGCAACUCAGAAUCACACAGCAGGCAGGAAGUCCAGGGGUGGAAAACAAAAUCUGCACUCAAACCAGCAGCACGCUCCAGUCUUACUAGAGCAACAUUUGUCACAGCCACCAGCAGUGCCUCACCAACAAGAGCAGCAGACUGAAAACUCCCUGCCGCAGCUUCCUACUCCUUCACAUUCAGAAUGUGCCAGCAACACGAGGCACAGCUCAGAGGAUUCCGACAUUGCUGCUCUUAUAGAAACCAUGGACAAAGACUUUGAUCAUCCAGAAUCCCCUUCCCCAGAUGUGUUUACAGAGCAGCCCCCAUCUCCAGUAGCAAAAAGCAAAGGGAAAGGAAAACCGUUUCAACGCAAAUCUAAACCCCAGAAGAAGCGGGAAGAAAAGGAGAGAAGAGGAAAGGGAAAGCAACAAGAGGAUGAACUGAAGGAUUCUCUUGCAGAUGAUGACAGUUCUUCAACUACCACAGAAACUUCCAACCCCGACACAGAAGCACUUCUGAAAGAGGAGCCAGAAAAGCAAAAGGGGAAACAGCCAGUACCAGAAAAACAGGAAAAUGAAAUCCAAGUAAAACAGAAAAGCAAAAAGCUAUCGCUUAUCAAGAAAGAAAUCCCGACAGAUGUGAAAUCCAGUUCCUUUGAGAUGUCAUGUCCUUCGUCACUCGAAAAUAAGCAGCACAAAAGCUUUUCAUCCAAGUUGUCUUCUCAGCAUAUGUUCGCAAAUGGGUUCAAACCAAGAAACCUCCAGAAAACAAAAGGUAUCAAUAUGAAGCUGAUGGAUAAUAGGCCAUCUUCACUAGCAAAGUUUUUCUCCAGUGGUUCUGGUCAGGAGCUGGGCAAUACCAGCAGCUCAGAAGGAGAAAAAGAUUCACCACCACCAGAGUGGGACUCAGUGCCAAUUCACAAGGCAGGCAGCUCUACUGACAACCUUUAUAAGCUGUCCCUACAAACCCUUAGUGCAGAUGCUUUCUUGAAACAACGACAGACCUCACCAACUCCUGCCUCACCAUCUCCGCCCCCUGCAUCCUUGGCCUUUGUGCCCCGAAGCACUUAUAGCAGUAUUGUGAACAACUGCAGUGAACCGAAAAGCAAGGUGCUCAGUGGUGCCAAACAUAAGGUGGCAAAGACAGCUUCUCUCCCUGGCAGGAAUGGAAACCCUACAUUUGCUGCUGUAGCUGCUGGUUAUGACAAGAGCCCAGGUGGCAGUGGCCUAGCAAAACCUUCACCAAUGAAGAGCGAGGCAUCUGGCUGUAUGAAUGUUUCACACACAACCGUUGACAGUGACGGCUCUGACAGUUCUGGUUUGUGGAGUCCUAUAAGCAAUCCUAGCAGCCCGGAUUUCACACCCCUCAACUCCUUCUCAGCAUUUGGAAACUCCUUUAACUUAACUGGAGAAGUUUUCAGCAAGCUUGGGCUGUCACAGUCUGUGUAUAGUCCAGAUGUUCAACGAAACUGGACUGAGCUUAGUAAUGUUCCUUCAUCCAUCUGGGACUCCUCAGCUACAGAUCUGAUACCUCCCUGGCCCACAAGUUCAGGAUCCCCAACUCACACCACUUCAUCUAUCCUUGGGAACCCAAGCGGCCUGUGGUCUACCACCACCACUCCGUUCAGCAGUUCCAUUUGGUCAAGUAAUUUGAACAGUAGCCUUCCUUUCAACACUCCAGCUAACACGUUGCCAGGUAUUGAUCUUGGGAGUGAAAACACCCCUCCACCAGCUGCUGCUGCCCCAAUAGUUAGCAAUCCUGAAGACUUGGGACAAGCAUAUAACCCUUGGCUAAUUUGGAGCCCUGCAAUCGGGAGAAGAAGCUCAGAUCCUUGGCCUAAUGUGCAUUACCCACCUGAAAACGGAAAUUAAGAACAAAGGGACUGUUGUCCAGAUUGGAUCAUGGUAAAUUCUGUAAUAUGCCUGGAACAUAAUUUGCAGUUUGCUGCCAUUCCUACUCAGACCCCAACAUGGUUACAAUCUAGUCAUACAUUCAUCACUUUAAAGUCUGUCUUGAGAUUAUGGUAGUAUAAAAUUACUGAUCAGCUUGGAAAAGUUUGGAUGUGGGUUAAAAAAUCCUAUAAGACGAUAUUCUUUUUUUUUCUUUUUUUUUACCAACUGCCCAUUCUGUUUUUUAAACACUUGGCAAUUUCCAAAAUGCAGUGAUUUUUAACUACCGUGCUUGGUUUUUAAUUUCCCCCCAGUAUUAUGCUCUCAAACAUAAUUUUUAAGAGCACCUUGUGCUAAAAAUGCAGAGUAUUUUUUUAAAAAAUAAGGCUCUCUUUGUUAAAGGCUCUACGAAUGUAAAAACCAUAGGAGCAAAUGUAUGCGCAUACUGUUCAAACUAUACAUUUUAUGUGCUGUUUGUACAUUUGUAAACCUGAAUGCAUUUUUAAGUUGAACUGAAAUGUGCAUAGCCAAUACUUGUGGAUGAAAAAAAAAAGAUUCCUUGUGCUUUUCUUACCAAUACAACUUCAAGUUGUACUUGAAAAAUAAAAUAAUGCUUUUUUUCA